GCCGCGCCCCCAGCAGGUAGUGUGUGUGUGUGUUCGAGGCGCCUGCACUGAGCCAUGCCGCGCCCGGCGCUCUGAGUCUCCCUGGCGGUCCUGAGGCUGCAGCAUGCGGCUAACCACGGACAGGCUGGCGGUCGCGGCGCUGCUGCUGCUGUCGCUGGUGGCGCUCCUGUCGGCGGGGCCCAGCACCAGGAACCACGAGCUGCUGACGAGUCUAGGGCUGUCGCGCCGCCGCGCGCCGCCCAGCCACCACCGCAAGCGCCUGGCGAACGAGUCGCGCGGCAGCCGACGAGGCGACGACUCCCACCUGGUGGUCAUCAAGCUUCCCCCCCACCCCUACUACUUCUCCCUCCACAAGCCGCUCAGGAUGAGCCCCAACGCCGUCAGCAAGGUCCCGCUCAGCUUCCGCUCCAACGGCAAGCCCGCCAAGGUGUACCACUGGAACCUUCCGGCGCUCGGCAAGAUGGCGGCGCGGCGCCGCGCCACCUCGCGACUUGCCGGCCCCCGCGGCGGCGUCACGCACAUGCAGAUGACGUCCCCGUGGUCCGGCUCGACGGCCAACGAGGUGCACGCCAAGGAGAAGUACAGCAAGCCGCCCGUCGAGCCCAAGUCCGGCCGUAAGGACGAGGAUCCCGUGUCGUACUACGGCCCGCGCAAGAAGCUCACCUUCCAGAAGUACUUCCCGGGCAACGGCAAGCCGCACUCCUUCUACGUCAUCGAGAAGAGCAAGAAGAAGGUGCACCGGCACAGGCUACUGCCGUGAAGACUGUCCACCCGUUCUUGCCAAACACAACUGCAAUGGAACCACACUCUUUUAUUUCUAUAAUACAAGCAAUAUCAAGGUGCGGAAAUCAUGACGGAUUAAUUUAAACAAUAUGAUUUUGGUUUUUAAAUGCUUCAUGAAGUAAUAAUUGUGUGAAAUGUGUUCGGUACAGACUUUUCAAGUGAGGGAUGAUUUCCAUGGAUGAGUGAGUAUGUACUGCUUUGUAAAUAAAUGUAAUGUUUCGACAGACAUGUGUGAGUGAAAACCUCAAGAAAUGACUACAUAGGGACGAAACAGUACUUAAAAAUCAAAAAAUGUUUUUAUAUUGCAUUAGUAUGUAAUGUUAUACUUUUAUACAACUAUCGAUUAACCAUUUUCUUUUAUAAUGAUGUACAUAUAAGCCACUGAGUAGCUAAAUAAUUUAUAUUUUAUAAAUAAUAAUAUUAAUUAAUAUUUUUGUGAUGAUAGCGUAAGAAUACUAUUCACCUUUAAAUGGAUAUCUGACAUUGAUGAACAUAAGUCAUACUUCAAAACAUAAAAAGCUAAACCUCUAAACAAAAUGGAACAUACGCCGCAGAUAAAAUCUCACGAGUCAUAAAGACAUUGAAAAAUGAUAGAAUUGAACAUAAAACAAGCAGCUGAGCACAAUCCUAAAUCGUACGCCUUAGGAGGACAAAUUCCUGCCCGAAAAAUAACAAAAGUUUAUAAUUAGUGAUCUAAAGAAAAUGAAGGAGUGAAAACACAAGACUGCAAACAACAGUUUAUAUACUAUAUUUGUGGUUGAUAGAUAUGUGUUGUUUUUGAGCUGUUUGUCAUGUAAUUCUAUGGUUUGAUUAGAUCUUUUCUAUGUUUUUGUCAGUGGAAAAAGUCCGUCAAGACUCGAAUAGUAUUCACUUUUUUUUAUCAAAAAAUUUGCAUUUACUAUUAACAUUAUUUCCAUAAUUGUUAAAAUAGGUUACAACUCAUUUACGCCAUCGUUGAUAGUUUCAUUAAUAAUAUACCCAAGUUGUUUUCCAUAUCGCUGUUAAAGAAUAAUAUAUUAUAAAAUAUUGGAGACAUUAUUCACGUAAUUAUACAUAACUGCUGAUGUAGUUUAUAGUGUGUUCUAACAACAAUGAACUUUUACAUAUUAAUACUUUUGUACUAAAACAUAAAACCACGGAAUAAAUGUGGGAAUUAUAUUUUUUAUUGCCUUGUUAAAUUAUUUUCUAGUGCUGUGUUGAAUAUUCCUGUGAUUUGUGAUACUGACAAUUACUUCUGCCAAAAAUUAUAGUCCCUUUUUGAGAGAGAUAUACGUCAUAU